AUGGUUCGUGUGAAACCAUUGGCGCCUCAGAAAGCUGAGAAGAAGCGCCAAUUGACUAACACAUCUAUCAAUGGAGUGAGUUAUGCUUCUGGCAGUACUCCCAGUUCACGUGGUUAUUUUUCUUCUUUUAAUUCAAAUGGACCUCCAGUGCCUGAUUUAUAUAGAAGAACGACAAUCACAACCGAAGAGAGAGUAAUGUACGAUGACACUAAUAGAGGAUCUACAAUGUAUGACUCUCCAUAUUCUAAAAUGUAUAAUACUGAGACAUUAGAAUAUACCCCUACUAAUCAGCUAAACAAGGAGAAUCUAGGCUUCCAAAGCUAUGCCAGACCUGCAAGAAAUUAUGAAACCCCCGAAACAUCCCUUCUACCAGAAGAAGCUCCAGAAGGCUACGAUUCUAUCGAUGAUUAUCAAGGAGUUACUAUAGAGGAAGUAGAAUCAUCCGAUGAGGAGAGUGAGUUCGGAGAUGGAGAUAGACAUGAAACGAGCCUUGCCCCGGCUCCUGUUCGACAGGCAGUUGAAACUCCACAACAGUUUAGAAAACCAUUAAAUAGGCAACAAAGGCUAGAUGCUCUAGAAAGGGCGUCAACAAUUUCAACUGUUUCUCAUAAUCGGCGUGCUAGUGUAAAAAAGAUGAAGCAAGGCUAUUUUCAUAGGAAAUCGCACAGUCGCCCAAGUUAUAGACCUGGUGUUAAAGCUCUUCAAGAAAUUAGAAAGUAUCAAAAGACAACUAAUAUGUUAAUUCAGAAGUUACCAUUCCAAAGAUUAGUGCGAGAAAUCGCGAUUGAAAUGGACGCCAGGAGUUGUGGAUACCGUUUCACAUCAGAAGCCCUGGCAGCUCUGCAAGAGGCUACUGAAGCUUUCUUAGUCCAAGUUUUUACUGAUGGAUAUUUAUGUGCUGUACAUGCUAAACGGGUCACCCUGCAACCAAAAGAUAUACAGUUGGUAAGAAGACUACAAAGGUGGUAG